AUGCUGCAUUCCAACAAUACACAGUUCCAUCUUCCCUCCUUCCUUCUGGUGGGGAUUCCAGGACUAGAUGUGCACAUCUGGAUUGGCUUCCCCUUUUUUGCAGUGUAUCUGAUAGCCCUUCUGGGGAACAUCACUAUCCUGUUCGUGAUCCAGAUGGAACAUAGCCUCCACCAACCCAUGUUUUACUUCCUGGCCAUGUUGGCCUGCACUGACCUUGGCUUGUCCACAGCCACCAUCCCCAAGAUGCUGGGCAUUUUCUGGUUCAAUCUCAGGGAGAUUGGGUUUGGUGCUUGCAUCACACAGAUGUACACUAUCCAUAUAUGUACCGGCCUGGAGUCUGUGGUGCUGACAGUUAUGGCCAUAGAUCGAUAUAUUGCCAUCUGCAACCCCUUGAGAUAUAGCAUGAUCCUUACCAAUAAGGUGAUAGCUAUCCUGAGCAUAGUCAUCAUAGUCAGGACUUUGGUGUUUGUGACUCCAUUCAUAUUUCUCAUCCUGAGAUUGCCUUUCUGUGGUGUCCGGGUUAUCCUUCAUACCUACUGUGAACAUAUGGGCUUGGCAAAGUUGGCUUGUGCCAAUAUUAGGGUCAAUGUUGUGUAUGGAUUGAUUGCUUUCUCAGUGGGAUACAUUGAUCUAUCUGUGAUUGGAUUCUCCUACGUCCAAAUCCUCCGAGCAGUCUUCCACCUCCCCUCCUGGGAUGCCCGGCUCAAGGCACUCAACACAUGUGGCUCGCAUGUCUGUGUCAUGUUAGCUUUCUACCUGCCAGCCCUCUUCUCCUUCAUGACACAUCGCUUUGGCCACAACAUUCCUCAUUACAUCCACAUUCUUCUGGCCAAUCUGUACGUGGUUGUUCCCCCUGCUCUUAACCCUGUUAUCUAUGGGGUCAGGACAAAACAGAUAAGAGAGCGUGUACUAAGGAUACUUAUCCCUAAAGCCUAUUGA